AUGUAUUCCCACUCCGCGUUAAUUCUGUUGACCAACUAUGAGCUCCAACUGGAAGUAGAAUGCAACCAAAGCGGCUGUGAGGAUAAACUCCAAAUCAGCCGCAAUCAAAAUGAAGUUCAAGAAUCCACCGGCGCUAUAACUGAGCUGCUUCGCGAGCUGGUGAAACUAGAUCUGGUCAAAUAUCUCCCAACAAGCGCUGUGACAUGUACCGUCCAACCGUUUCUCUUGAAUCUGUUGGAUCAUACAUUAGCUAACGACGAGUCCACCAUGGGGUAUGGCAAGUUGGGGGUCGUUCUUGAAGCGAUGAGAGUCUACCAGUCGCUCUACGACAACACGGACCUUGUCCUGAGUGCUGCUCACCGUAUCAGCCUUGAGGCGCGCUUGAUGGCGCCGGAUUCUGGCGUUAUGAGCUGGGGAGAUAUCUUAGCCCGCAGCCCUAAAGCUUACCUUCGCCUUAUCCUCGCGAUGGAUGCAGCUUUGGCUAAAGGCUCUUUCCCUCAAGACGCAGAUCUUCCAUUUGACCGGCAGCCAUGCAUUGGUCGGCCCAAGUCGUCGCCACCAGUCCUUGAUGCCGAGGUGCGUAUGCAUGCCCCCGAGAGAGGACAACAGCCGGAUGGACCCUCCUCGACAUGUUCCCCCUCCUCGGUCGAAAAAACCGAAUCUUUGACUGAGCCUUUCUCCGUGUCGAAUGCGGGAGGCGUGUCAGACGAGACAUCCCUUUUUCAGGACUGGGGCCCCGAACUAUUGUUGUUAGAGCCGGACGUUGUGCUCCAAAGCCUUUUGGAGUCAUAUCUUGCUUGA